UUAUUUAUUUUCACAAAUUGCAAUAGAAGGGCCUUCACUAUCAAAUUAUCAAUCAAGGCCCCACAUUUGUCUCAUAUUCCCACUGCUCAAUGUCCCUUAUAACAUGGAGAGAAAAUUAUGGCUACCCAAUCCCCCCCCUACUAUAUUAACUUCCCUCCUUCUUUCUUCUUCAAGAAUCUAGAGAGAGAGAGUCUAGAGAGAGAGAGUAUCUAGAGAGAGAGAGAGAUGGAGAACGAAGUGGUGAAGUGCGAGUGCUGUGGUUUGAAGGAAGAGUGCACGGAGGAGUACAUAAACGAAGUGAAGUCGAAAUUCGAGGGCAAAUGGCUAUGCGGGCUUUGCUCGGAAGCCGUGAGAGAUGAAAUAACGAAGAGAGCCGGAAAAGUAGCGACGACGACGACGUUGUUAUUGGUGGACGAAGCCGUGAAAGCGCACAUGUCGUUUUGCCGGAAGUACAAGUCGAACCCGGCGACGCGAGUCGCCGAUGGAAUGAUGCAGAUGCUCAGAAGAAGAUCGGCGGCCGAUAGUUCUUCGUCGCCGUCGUCGUCGAAGAAGUACUCUAGAUCAGCUAGUACUUCUCAAGUGGGAGAUAACUCUAGAUUCUCUUAUUAAUUAUAUAAGUUUAUUAUUUGUUGAGUAAUUAAAUUAAUUAUCUAGUAAUUUAAUUAGCUAUAGCUACCAUUAAAUCUUUGGUUUUGGUUGGAAUAAUUAAGACAUAUUUAUAAAUUAAUCAGCCUUAAUUAUUUUAAUUUCUUGUUUUGUACAGAGACGGUUAGUUCUACAUGUCUGGUUUUUUUCUACUUU